AUGGCGUUAUUAAGGCUACACUCCUGUAUAAUGACUCCGUUCCGUGCUCCAGCUGUUACCGUAGUGUCAGUUAAGUGGUCUGCUCCGGGUCUUCCCGCCGCCCGGUCCUCUCCACUGAACUCCAACCCCCGCGCUCUCUAUCAGCAUCUCAUUCCUGUCUCAAUAUGUCUCAAGAUGGCGGCCAAUGCAGGAUCGAUGUUUCAAUAUUGGAAGCGCUUUGACUUACAACAACUACAGAAAGAACUAGACGCCACCGCCACACAGCUUGCCAACAGACAAGACGAGAGCGAGCAGUCCCGGAAGAAACUAAUCGACCUGAGCCGCGAGUUCAAGAAGAGCACACCAGAGGAUUUUCGGAAACAGGUUGCCCCAUUGCUCAAGAGCUUCCAAGGAGAGAUUGAUGCAUUGAGUAAGAGAAGUAAAGAAGCAGAGGCCGCCUUCUUAAACGUGUACAAGAAAAUAAUAGAUGUUCCAGAUCCUGUACCUGUGCUGGAGCUGGCUCAGCAGCUGCAGCUGAAGCUCCAGAGGAUGCACGACAUUGAGACAGAGAACUCCAAACUUCGAGAGACACUGGAGGACUACAACAAAGAGUUUGCAGAGGUCAAAAACCAAGAGGUGACCAUAAAGGCCUUGAAGGAGAAAAUCCGCGAGUACGAACAGUCUCUGAAGAAUCAAGCAGAGAACCUGGCCCAGGAAAAGCAGCUCCAGCUACACAACGACUAUGCAGAGAAGGAGAGGAAACUCCAGGAGAGCCAGGACUCCAUGUCCUCAAGGUUGGAGGAGGCCGAACACAAGGCCCAGUCCCUACAGACAGCACUUGAAACAACUCAGGCCGAGCUCUUUGAUUUGAAGACAAAGUACGACGAGGAAUCUACAGCAAAGGCCGAUGAGAUCGAGAUGGUGAUGACCGACCUCGAAAGGGCAAAUCAGCGAGUGGAAGCAGCUGAGAGAGAGGCAGAGUUGCUUAGAGAGCAGCUGUCCUCCAGCAGCCAAUCGCAGCCGCUCAGCAGCCCGGCCAAAGCCGACCCCGACACGGAACAGGCUUCAGAGGGGGCAUCCCACUCAAACCUGGAGGCGGAACUCAGGGCCAAAGAAAGGGAGACCGCCCAGCUGGUGGAGGACGUCCAGAGACUGCAGGCCAGCCUGACCAAACUCCGAGAGACCACCAGCUCCCAGAUCACACAACUGGAGCAGCAGCUCAGCACCAAGACUGCCACCCUAAAGGAACUGGAGGAGAAGCUGCAAAAUCAAGCUGACUAUGAGGAGGUGAAGAAGGAGCUGAGUAUCCUAAAGUCUAUGGAGUUUGGCACAUCUGACUCUGUUCAGGACUCUUCCAAACCUCUGGAGGUGCUGCUGCUGGAGAGGAACCGCAGUCUUCAAUCUGAGAGCGCCGCUCUGCGCAUCGCCAACACUGAGCUCAGCGGGUCAGCCAGGCGAAAAGGGACAGAAGAGUCCGAACCCAAGGAGGAGCCCAUGCCAAGCGACCCCUCUUCCUCGCCCCCUCCUCCUCCCCCCUCUCUCCCUUCCUCCUCCCAGCUCCCCUUGUCUCGCACUCACACGGAUCCCCUCAACACUGCCACCACCACCAGCAGCGGCGAAGCGCACCCUUUCACUCCCACAGGCAUUGGCCAGGACUUCUACUCCCCUGUGUUUCCUCUGGUGGGGGGGAAGAUGGCUCUGAACUCUCUGAUUCAGCGGCAGCUGCUCCAGACCUUCUACUCCAAAGCCUUGCAGGAGUCAUCUGGAAUCCCCAGUGGGGCUUUACUUUUCACCCCCUUCACCCCCACCCUUAGCUCCAUCCCUACCUCCACCCCUGGUUCCGGGUCUGCUGCCAUCCCUCUGGCAGCCAGCAGCCCCCAGCCACCCCCUGCCAGCCCUGACAUAGCUCCAGUAAACGGGAGUAGCACUGCCGGCAGCGCCCCGUCCCCGUCGCCGAGCCAUUCUGACGCCACCACAGGGAGCAUUCUGGACGGGGAGGAUAUGGACACGGCAGAGAUCGCUCGGCAGGUGAAAGAGCAGCUGAUCAAGCACAACAUUGGUCAGCGUGUGUUCGGCCACUACGUGCUGGGACUCUCCCAGGGCUCGGUCAGCGAGAUCCUGGCCAGACCAAAGCCGUGGAACAAGCUAACCAUCCGAGGGAAGGAGCCCUUCCAUAAGAUGAGGCAGUUCCUCGCCGAUGAGCAGAACAUCCUUGCUCUGCGCAGCAUCCAGGGCCGUCAGAGAGAGGGCUCAGGCCAGCCCCAGCUUAGCCGAGUGUUUCAGGAUGUCCCGAAGCGGAGAGCCCUCUCCAAUACAGCUUCACACACAGGUAACAUUACCGCUCGUGUCCGCACCCCAGAGGCGGGUUCAGACGAGGCUAUCAAGUCCAUCCUGGAGCAGGCUAAAAGAGAGCUGCAGGUGCAGAAAGCUGACUUGUCCCAUGCCCAAACUUCAUAUGCAGGACUGAAAGGAGGGGGUGGAGGGGGGAUAGGAGGCGGAGGGGGCAGCGGCUCAGAUGAGGCCAUCCGCUCUAUCCUGGAGCAGGCUCGCAGAGAGAUGGAGGCCCAACAGGCUGCACUGGAGCCCAUCCUCAAAGCCUCGUCCUCCUCUUCCUCCUCCACUUCAUCACUAUCUCAGAGAGAUCUCCUCAGCUCCUCACUCACUGCUCCUCUACCCCCGUAUAACCCCCUGGCCCUCUCCCUCAAGAAGCCCCACAGCUCCCUCUUAUCCUCGCCCUCGUCCCCAUCUCCAAUCCUGGACUUUAGCUCCAGCGUGAAGCGAGAAGCUAGGACUUCUUCAGGGAUCGACUUGUCUACUGACGGAGCUCUCAGGCUGGGUCGAGGCUCUGAGGGGUCGGCCCGCUCUGCUAGUUCUGGAGGUAUCGGCUACUGGAGGGAGCAGUGGUGGAGCAACAUGCAUACGGAUGCUCGCAGGGGGAUAGGCAGCCAGACAGGAGACGAGAACCACAACCAGGAGGACUCCAAAGAGGGAAUAUUGAGUGACAGUCUGUCUCGACACAAACCGUGGAACAAGUUGAACCAGAGGAGCCGAGAGCCGUACCUCCGCAUGCAGCCGUGGCUCAACGGAGACCAGGGGCAAAACGCACACAUCCAGCCAGCUCCCAACCAAGAAGGUACACCGAAGACGUCGGCGAGCUGCAGCCCUGCUCCAGAGUCACCUCUCAGUUCAGCUGAGGAGUCUGUCAAUGGCCUCGCCGGGGAUCCACUCAUUUCUCAGUCCUCCAGUCUCAAACCUCUGUCUGAGGAUCCUUCAGGUGGAGAGUCUCAGCCCGGCACCCCGCUGCCUCUGCCCGGUCAUUCUGGUCUCAGCAUCCAGGAAAUGGUUGCAAUGUCCCCUGAGCUUGAUACCUACGCCAUCACCAAGAAGGUCAAGGAGGUGCUGACUGAUAACAACCUCGGCCAGCGUCUGUUUGGGGAGACUAUCCUGGGUCUGACUCAGGGUUCUGUCUCAGACCUGCUGGCCAGGCCCAAACCCUGGCACAAGCUCAGCCUGAAGGGCAGAGAGCCCUUCGUCCGCAUGCAGCUCUGGCUUCAGGAUCCACACAGUGUUGAGAAACUCAUGGAUAUGAAACGCCUGGAGAAGAAAGCUUACAUGAAAAGGCGGCUCAGCUCCCUGAGUGACAGCCAUACUGUGGACACGGGAUUGGUGGGGCCAGAGUACAUCCAGGGCUCCCAGAGCCCAGGACAGCAGCAUCUGAAGAAGCCCAGGGUGGUGCUGGGCCCUGAAGAGAAGGAGGCCUUGAAGAGGGCCUACCAGCAGAAGCCCUACCCCUCACCCAAAACCAUCGAGGAGCUGGCCUCCCAGCUCAACCUGAAGACCAGCACUGUUAUCAACUGGUUCCAUAAUUACAGGUCACGUAUCCGGCGAGAACUCUUCAUAGAGGAGAUCCAGGCAGCUGGAGGGAUGGGGCCCGGCAGUGAUGGGGGCUCCCCUUCCCUCAGAGGGUCCAAAUCAGGAGAGGGGGACAGCUGUGAUGGGACAGAAUCUGAGGGCACAGUGGAGACACGCCAAGGACUGGGCUUGAGCCUGGAGGAUCACAGAGGAGGAUGCAAAGACCAUGACAUGGAGGCUGAGUCUGAGGCAGGGGGCUCUAAUAACUCCCCUGCCCAGCUAGACUGCAGCACUGCAGGCUUAGUCGGGCCAGGCUCCAGCUGUGGGCAGGGUGGACUGGGUCUCUUCAGCCUCACAGAGGCGUCCUCCAGUAGCUCUGCCUCUAGUACAAACAUCCCAGCCUCUGGCCCUGCCAGAAACCCCAGGGACAACAAUCUGCGCAAGAAGAAAGCAGCCAAUCUGAAUAACAUCAUCCACAGGCUGGAGAAGGCUGCCAGCAAAGAGGAUCCCUCAGAGUGGGAGUUUUAGCUCUCUCUGACCGUCCCUCGUCCCUCUUGUCUCAUAACCUCACGACCUCGAACCUUGGACCCCUCCUGCUUUGUUCCAGUUGGAGAGUGGACACAGCCAAAGUCAAGCUCAGCAGCCAUUUUUAUUACAUAGAGGCUUUCCCAAAAGAGGAAAGAAACAAAGAGUGGUUGGCAAAACCCUUAAAAAGAAGAUUUACUGAAUACCUAGAAGAACAAAAUAAGAGAACCUAUGUGUCUCUCCUUUUUUUUUUAAACUGAGUUUUGUUUUUGUACUGAGAAAAGCACUUAGCCGUCCUGCUGGCCUCCGGCCCUGCUGUACCUCCCCCCUAUCACCAGCCACUGGUGCACCAGACUGGUUAGCCCAGAGCUGGGGUCUGACCCACAGCUGGGCUUGAAACCUGGACUCUGAAACACAGGCAAGGCCUGACACAGCAGCUGUCACAGUGAUAGACACUGAUAGAUGAUAGAUAGAGACAGGAACUCUCUUACAAGAACUCUCACUUUCUUAAAGGAGAUUUUUUCCGCUCUUCUUCUCACCUCCCAAGUGUCCACAGACCUCCCCUCACUCAGUGAGACGCCUCAUUUUUCACACUGUAGAGUGACUGUUACAAACCCUUUGCCUUUUUCACUCACUGCGUGUGUGUGUUAGUGUGUGUGUUUGUGUGUUAGGGGUUGUGUCUGCGUGUUUACACACCCAAAAAAAGGUGUGUAAGUUUGUGUGUGUGCUCUCUUCUCAAUGGCAGCAUGUUUUCUUUUGUAUCUCACUCCUACACUCUUAGAGGGUAGUGUUUGGCCUGCCGGCUGAGCUGCCAUGGUUACUGAUGUAAGAAAGAUGAACUUUGACCUGUUGUGUCCCAUAUCCUGCUGACAGCCAUGUGAUGGCCAGAAGGAUCUCUUUAAUUCCUUACAAACACGCACUCAUCUGAAGAGGAAGGAAGGAAGGAUGAAACCCUCUUUUUGCCUCCUUAAACCCUUCUUUUAAGGAUGAAGGAUGAUCUCUUUUUUUCAUAUUGCAAUUUGGUUGCCAAUAAGAGAUUGCACAGUCUAUUGACUCUAAAGAGUACAAAAUAGGGAAUUUUAGGAAUCAUUUUUAAUUAGUACAAAAUAAGAGCAGAAAAUAAGAGAAUAACAAGUUACUGUUUUAAAAAAAAUUAGAACGGAAAAAUGUUGCAUUGGUGAAAUACGAUACGAUGAAUUCACGUAGUACUGUAGCUGUCUGACAUGGUGAUACUUUACGUGUCUCUUGUUGUUUUUAGGUUGUGAACGUUCACAGCUUUUACCCAGCACUGGACCUGCUGGGUGUGUGUGAGACUUCUCAAAAAAAAAACCUUCUCUGUUCACAAACACUUGUCUUUUUAUAGGCCAAAUCAGGAAGAGCGUGCGUGCUUGUGAGCGUGUGCGUUUUGUGUGCAUUUGUAUUUGCCUGCAUGUAAGUCAGGGUUGAGGUCAAUUCACUCCGACUGAAGAAGCAGAUUCUCAAUAACGACAUUUUUGACUGAAAACGUUGGGCUUUAGUGAAUAUUUGCAACGUACAGAUGUUGUCAAUCUGUACUUCUGUUGGCUGCCGUUUAAGUGAAUUCACCCCCACCCUGGUGUGAGUAGUUACACUCUCCUCCAGUCUCUCCUGUAUCCAGGGAUGUACGUCUUUUUGCAUUGAAUUCUACUGUAUACACUACAAAUUCUAAGGCAUAUCACCUCCUCCCUGUCCCACACAAGCCCUCAGUGCCUGUCAGCCUACUGCCUCCCCUUUGUGUGCGUGUAAGCGUGAGUGCAUGUACACACACGCCUGUCGAUACAAGCGUGUGCACAAGAGCGUGUUUGAUUGAGGAGUGUUCAGUGUUUCCAAUGAGUGGGGUCAUAUUUCGUAUCUACUUGCACACACUACUAGUGCACAACUGACACCCUUCUUUAAGCUGUUUGAUGCGUUACCAUUACAUUAAUCUUCUCACACAGUAGUGUAAUACUAUGAUUUACUGUAGCUUGGUUUUAUUGCUAUUUUGCAUUUAUAGUUUGGUUUUUAUUCUGCUUAUUUAUAGGUGCUGUAUUUUUCAUUUAAUGUCUUAUCAUUUGAGUUGUCUAUUUUUUAAGGGAUUAUACUGUUCCUGAGGGCAAGUAACAUUUUUAUUAGACGUAUAGACUGCCGGCAGUAUUGGUUAAUAUUUACAAAGAUGUACUAGUUCUCAUUUGUUUGUAUAUUCAUGAAUCCUAAAGUUUAGUGUCAUUUCAAUAGCUUUGAGAAAUGUGUUUGCUACAGUUCAUGCUCCCAUAAGCAUUAAGCUUUUUACCACAACAGUUAUGCUCUUUAAUUGCUAGCUAGAGAAUCAAAGGACAUAUCAAAAUCAGUGAAUAUAUUAUAGCAUAUCUCUUUUCCUGUUUUCUACUCUCCAAUAAUGUUUUUUUUCUCUCUUGGGCAAGCCCAACACUACCGCUCGACAGGGCAUGCAGCUUUCUUUAGAUAGAGUUCGCCCGCUCUCAUCACGUCAUUAACAGGUCCAAGUGUGUACUCUUUGUCGAAUACGUCAAAUGAAAUUACCUAAACAUGAGAUCACAUGUUAACUUGAAAGAGGUCAUAUCUGCCAAAUUGAGAUUAGAGAAGUGUACCAGCGAGCAGGAGUGCUACGCCACAUUGAACAGGAAGCCAGCCUAUGAUUAUGCAGACAUUUCUAUAGCAGUCCGUAACAAAGCACUUAUUAGGAUCGUUUUUAAGACGUACCUUGGACAGGGUCUGUAAACACUACAGCAAAGUACGAUCCUGGGAUUCUGGGAAAUGUAUGCCUUUUUUAAAAAAAGUGGUUGUGAACCAAGCACAGACUCUUAUCUGCAUCUUAACACUAAAAUCAAAAGAUAGCUGAACAUGAAUACUGUAUUUUAAUACAGUAGCCCCCUCAACUCAAACUGUGUGACAGAACGGCCCGUCAUCUUGUACAGUUGUAGAUAUUAUACAUGUUUUGGUUUCUAUCCAAAACCUCCACAGUUGAUCCUUCAGCCUCCCCUUUCCCUGACUCUACAUGUUGGCAGCCUGUCAGAGAAACUGAUAAUCCUGUUGCACUGCAUUAAGAUGCAAAAUUGUAAUGAAUCUAAUAAUUUUAAAACUCCUCAAACAUUGGCUCUCCGUGUGGACGACUGAUGUGAAACAUCUGUCUUCUGCAGAAACUGAAGGCUUAUGCCUCUUGUCGGACUGCUCGGACUGAAGAACCACAGUGUUUCAUGGUGAUGAAUAGCUACUGUAAAGUCUAAUAAGCACUUAACCCAUUACCCGUUUUAUAGCCAGAUCCAUCAGCUCACCCGAACCAUGUGAGAUCAUCAGAUUUGUGCCUUUAACUGCCAAGCAGGGCACCAAACUAGUGAUGUCAUUAGAUGUAGACGAUAUCACCUGAUUUGUUGGUAAUAUAUCCCAUACCUUGAUCUAGAUUUAUUUCUUACGCUCCAUGUUGGUACUUCUAAGUCUCAUCCCUCCUGAGAGGGCUGUGUGUAAUUGCUGGAGUGAAAAAAGACAAAAAAUGGAAGUUGUGUUUUCUCAUGACUCACCUGCAGACAUGUUUUUUUUUAAUUUUAUCUUCAUUGUUCCCACAAUGCAUUUCUGUCAUUGUACAUAACCUUACUAGCAACGAAAAGCGAGAGCAUUGAAUGAAGGAGGACGCAUGCAGAAACAGCGUACACUGUAAUAACACUGAAUUUACUCAUAGGGCAUUUUGUAUUUUUCUGUUUGUGUCAGGUUUGCUGUGACAUUAAUAAACGGCACUACAGGUAUUGAUAAUGACGUGUGCCAAUUCUAAUGGUUAUUUGGGAAAAAGAGACGUGUAAAUACAGUCGAUCAAGUAGCUAUUGAUUCACUAUAGUCACAGUAUGCUUUUGUUUUGAAGGCAGGAGGAGAGAAGGGACGAUUCAGGACUUUUUCCAUGAUCCACAGAUAUUUUUCUACAAAUUUAAAUCAGAUGAUUCUAUACACUGUUGAAUAACAUUGUAAAGGUGUAACAGAUGCUGUAUAUCAUAUCAUGUUUUCUGAAGUUGUAAAGCUUUACUGUAUGAUCUGUUGAAGUAGUGGUUAUUCAUUUGACAUAUUAGUUGUAAUGGAAGCCCGAACAGCAGCACUGGUCACCAUAUUCAGGAAAAAAGAAAAAACAAAAAAGAAAGAAAAACCUCAGAUGUUUUUUGUAAUACUUUUAGAAUAUAUCUUAUGAAGUGGGUUUUUGUACGGAAACACUUUCCGAAUCAGCGGUGCUGUAUGCAUAGCACACUCAGUAAUACAUACACACAAUACAGCACAAUACACUCAUCCUUUCAACUCCCCCCAUCUCCCGCUACUCUCACCUUUACCUGCGUGCUUUUUCUGUGUUUUCUUGCUCACCUCUCACAUUGGCUUCAGAUCAUUUUUUUAAGUCUUAAAUCAUUUCCUCUUCAUGCUUCAUCAUACUACCCAGAGAUCAGCUCUGGAUCAAUAAAAAACAUUUCAGCGAACGCUCGCUUAAAAAAAAAAUUUAAAAAAAAAAAAAAAAGAGGAAGCAAAAAGCCAAAUAGUGAAAUAGUUUUCUCCACCUCUGUCGAAAGGUUGCUGACAGUUUUUCUGAAUGUUGCUACCUUGUGUUGUCGCUUCAGUUCACCCAUAGCUUAAACCACAGUGUAGUCUGACAACCAAAUGACCCGGGGAGGGGGGAGAGCUUCACCCCCUUCCCCCACACCUCCCCCCCAAAUGGAAAGCUUUAAGAUGCUUGUUGAGGCUUUAGCGAAUACAGAGUGUUUUAGACCAUUUUUUUUCCAACCUGUCAUCAAGAACGUGGAAGUAAUAAUUCUCAUAACUUCUCCCACUGCUUUCUUUUUUUUAUAUGUGAGUGAGUGUGCGCGUAUAUGUGUGUUGUAGUACAAAAGGCUGCAUGACUGUAAAGGGAUGGUUAAGAUUUUUCUUUUUUUGUUUUGAAAGAUGUUUCCCUAGCACUUCUGUCACUCCUGAGAUGCUUUUUUUCUCCUUUUCGGGGUGUCCUUCCCCUUUUGUUUUUCCUCAUGUAUCAUGGUUUCGUUAUCUUUCUAUUUACUAAACGUAUCAUGUUGUUUGUUCUCAGCACUGUAAAACAGUCCCUUCUACAACAUUGAAAAGCAAUAUCACUGUAUGAAACGUUCACAAUGUAUUUGUUAUGAUUGACAUUUGAUUCAUCAUCAUUAUUAUUCACAUGCACCCUAGGUGUGAUAAUUGAAGUAAAUCUCUUUUAUACAAAUACUAAAAGUGUGCCGUGGCUGUUUUUUUUUUUCUUGUUGAACACAUGGAUAGUAAAAUAAGUAUUCUCAGAGAAAGAGAUGAGUUAGAAAGCCAGGAAAGAUUCAGGCAGUAAAAAGGGGGUCUUCCAUUUGCCUCUUCCAAAGGUGAGUUAUUUUAGGAACCUUUAAUAAAAUCCUCCAUCAAAGUGAAUCGUAAAUAUUUUAUAUCUACACAUUUUCCCUCUGC